AUGGACAUCAAAGGCUUCUGCCUGACAGAGAACUUCCACUUUCUCAGCCAACACAACCAUUUCUUGGAUUCUUCCACGACCGAUGGGCCCCCGUCGCCGCUCGAACCUUGCAUCAAACCGGACCCAUCAAGCCCGGCUUUCCCCCUGGACAGUAACACCCCCUUCAGCCCCGGCGGUACAUCGGAAAGCAGCGGUUAUAGCUUCUUCUCGCAGACCCAGUCCCUCAACCCCGACUCGCCCAGCUCUAGCAGCAGUAGUAGCAGCAGCAGAGGCAGCUGCACGCCACCCGGAUCCAGCUCCCAUCACUAUCACACGGAGCGCAGUGGCGGGCUGUCGGUUGGCGGAGAUGUGGUGCACCUCGCUGGGGAAUACGCGUCAACGCUGGGCUCGGCACACAAGCGGCUCUGUCUAGUCUGCGGAGACUUUGCAUCUGGAUAUCACUAUGGGGUCGCGUCCUGCGAAGCGUGCAAGGCGUUCUUCAAGAGAACCAUUCAAGGUAACAUUGAGUACACCUGCCCCGUGACGAACGAGUGUGAGAUCACCAAGCGCCGGCGGAAGUCCUGCCAGGCGUGCCGGUUCCAGAAGUGUCUGCGCGCGGGCAUGAUGAAGGAGGGUGUGCGUAUGGAUCGGGUGAGAGGAGGUCGGCAGAAAUACAAGCGCAGAGUGGACUGUGGCCUGACCCUGUAUACCAAAACCCCUUUCUCACAUCCGGCCAAACCCAUCGGCAAUAAAGUGAUCUCCCAGCUGCUGGUGUCUGAGCCGGCGCCUCUGUGUGCUAUCCCCGACUCGUCCUCUGGGGGCAGCGCUGAGCUCAAGACCCUGCUCACCCUCUGUGACCUCCUGAACAGAGAGCUGCUUGUCAUGAUCGGCUGGGCCAAGAACAUCCCAGGCUUCUCUGCGCUCUCAUUGGUGGACCAGAUGGCGCUGCUGCAAGGCGGCUGGAUGGAGGCGCUGGUGCUGUCGGUGGUGUCGCGUUCGCUCGGCUCCGCCGACGAGCUGGUGUUCGCCGACAACCUGCGUCUCGCCGAGGGCCAGUGCCGGGCGGCCGGGCUCGCCGAACUCUACACGGCGCUGCGCCACCUGACGCGCAAGUACCAGCAGAUGGGCCUGAGCCCUGAGGAGCUGGUCACCCUCAAAGCCAUGACCCUCGCCAACGCAGACGCGGCGAACCUGGAGGGCGCGGAGGCGGUGCAGCGUUUCCGCGACGGCCUCCACGAGGCGCUGCAGGAGCACGAGAGCGGUCAGCACCCCGCGGAGCCGCACCGCGCCGGCCGACUGCUCAUGACGCUGCCGCUGCUGCGCCAGACGGCGGCGCGCGCCGUGGACGCCUUCUCCCGGCUGCACCGCGAGCGCCGCGUGCCCAUGCACAAGCUCUUCCUGGAGAUGCUCGACAACAAGAUCUGAGGCCUCCGCGGCGGGCGGGCGAGGCCAGGCGACAAGGAAGCCACGCGACGACGCCCGACGACGCCCGAUGCCGACGCGAUCGUGGUCGCGGAUCGAGCGGAUCGUUUGAGAUGUGGCGGAAAGAGAACGAGAGCCCCAGCUUGCCGUGAACUGUGCUGUAGGGUUGCCCAGAGUGACGCAAUCAGCAAUGGACCAAUCAGCUUUUAUAGUUGUUU